CGGCGUUCUGCGCUCAUGAAUUGAUAAACAAUUCAAGAUGGCGUCGUGUAUAGUGUUGACUGCCCAUCACUCGGUGCUGUCUGUUUUACAGUUUCUGCUUAUAUUCGUAUGUUUUAUUAGCACGAACUACUCUCUCUGGACUUAUGACUGCAAAACCUUGCUUCACAUUCGCGCAGUGAUGGCAGAUCUCACUCAGAGCGGAAAAUGUUGUUUGCCCCCGCGGCGGAAUCGGACUAACCGCCGGCGAAAGCGUGGCAGCCGGGCAGGAAACGCUAUCAAAGCCAAAACGGCGGAGGUGCUGGAAAUAAACCAGUUGCUUCGACAAAACAGGCCUCCGAGAGGAGUACAUCUUAGCAAUCUGAGUUAUAUCGACUCGACCGCGGUCUCGAAUGGAGCUCCAUCGCUCCCGCUGGAGUCUGCAGUGCUCUGUAAACCCCCGGAUAAAGAGGUUGCAGAUGUUCCCCCCGCGCCGAUGACGAUGCUCCCGCCGCCGACCACGCCGUCUGUGGAGGAGCUGAUCCAGCAGAGCCAGUGGAACCUGCAGCAGCAGGAGCAGCACCUGCUCAGCCUCAGACAGGCACAAGUGACGGCCGCCAUCUCUCUGGCGGUGGAGCAGCAGAUGCAGAAGCUGCUGGUGGAGACGCAGCUGGACAUGAACGAGUUUGAUAACAUGCUGCAGCCAAUCAUAGACACCUGCACCAAAGACGCCAUGCUGGCUGGAAAGAACUGGAUGUUCAGUAACGCUAAAACCACGUCGCACUCCCCGUCGUCGCAUUGCGAGCUGAUGGCGUCGCAUCUCAGAAACCGCAUCACUGCAGACGGAGCGCAUUUCGAGCUCCGCCUACAUCUCAUCUAUCUGACCAAUUGCGUCCUGCAUCACUGUCAGAGGACAAAUCAGAGGGAUCUUUUGGCGGCUCUUCAGAAGGUCGUGGUUCCCAUUUACUGCACCAGUUUCCUGGAAGUAGAGGAAGACAAGCAGCAGAAAAUCACCCGCCUGCUGCAGCUCUGGGAGAAAAAUGGUUACUUUGACGACAUCACCAUUCAGCAGCUUCAGAGUCCGGCUCUGGGUCUGGGACAGUAUCAGGAGUCGCUCAUCACGGAGUACGCUGCGGUGGUGCAGCCCGUCCAGAUGGCCUUCCAACAGCAGAUCCAGGCGCUGAAGACGCAGCACGAGGAGUUCGUGAACAAUCUGAAGCAGCAGCAAAUGGUGGCGGUGACCUCUCAGCCUGGAGAUCUGAAUUCUCCAUAUGCUGGUUGGGUCGAUCCGCUGCGCAACAUGCUGGCAUGGAACCCGCAACAACCUCCGCCAUUCGACCCGUCUCAACCCCCGCCCCUCUGGCCGCCCUGGAACAGCCACGGGGGCAUGUGGAUGGAGCGCACUUGGAACGGGGGCCCUGCAGGCCCCUGGAGCAGCCAGAAUGAGCCGCCGCCCUCCUGGAGCGGUCAGUUCGGCCAGCCACCGUGGAGCAGCCAGCCGGAUCAGCCGCCGCCGUGGGGCCACAUGCAGCAUCUGCCGUAUUUCCGCGGGUCCUUCCCUCCUCAUCAGCAGCCGCCGCCAUUCAACCAGCUGCCACCACCACCUCACAACUUCGGAUGCCUUCCGCCGAGCUUCAUGCAGGACGAGCUUCCUUCACAGCAUCACUUCGAACAGCCGCCGUAUCCACCGCACCGAUUUGACUACCCACAGGGAGACUUCCCAGGAGAGAUCGGUCCACCUCCUCAUCACCAUCUGAACCAGAGGAUUGCUUCUCCUGAGAUAUCUGAUCCUCCUCCGUGUGAUGGGAACCAGCAUCCUGAUUCCGGGCCGCAUCCUCACGGCUUCAACGGUCAGGCGCCACACAAGCGGACACACAAGACCCGGUCUUACAGCAGUCAGGACGACCCCAGCCUGGUGCCCAGUGAACCCUACUUCGACCUUCCUGCAGGACUCAUGGCGCCGCUUGUGAAGCUUGAAGAUCAUGAUUUUAAGCCCCUGGACCCCAAAGACAUCCGUCUGCUGCCCCCAAAGCCUCCCAGUGACCGUCUCCUGGCCGCGGUGGAGGCGUUUUACAGCCCACCGUCCCACGACAGACCCAGAAAUAGUGAGGGGUGGGAACAGAGCGGUCUGUACGAGUUCUUCCGGGCCAAAAUGAGAGCGAGGCGGAAAAAGGAACGGGACAAACGCAACAGCACCCGAGGGAGUCCUUCACGCAGUCGGUUGCGCAGCCGAGGACGAUCCACGUCACGCUCCAGCUCCAGGUCUUCCAAAUCCUCUCGCUCCAGAUCCCGAUCCAGAUCCCGCUCUCGUUCUCGCUCCUACUCCAGAUCCCACUCUCAUACUCGCUUCCACUCCAGAUCUCGCUCUUACUCCAGAUCUCGCUCUAGGAAUCCCAAAAAAAUAUCUGCUUUGACAUUGUUGUUGAACACAUUUUUGACAUUCUCCCGGAGGAGCAGGAGUCGCUCCCGAUCCGGGUCCCGAAGUCACUCCCGCUCCAGAUCUCGCUCCAAAUCACGAUCUCCAGACAAGCGUCGUGAUGCUGCAAAAUCACACAGUCCAACGCCACCGAGCAGGAGUCGCUCCAGAUCCAGGACCCGAAGUUGCUCCCUCUCCAGAUCACUAUCUUCAGACAAGCAUUGUGAUGCUGAAAAAUCACGCAGUCCAACACCACUGAGCAGGAGUCUUUCCAGAUCUGGGUCCCAAAGUCGCUCCCGCUCCAGAUCUCGCUCCAAGUCACGAUCUCCAGACAAGCGUCGUCAUGCUGCAAAAUCACGCAGUCCAACACCACCCUCCACAUCUGGUUUGGGUUCAGUCUCUGCUGUGUUACCAGCCGACCUCAGGCUGGGCGAAGAAAACAAGGGCCAUCAGAUGCUCAUGAAGAUGGUAUGCAGAGACCCACAGGAUCCCUCCAGCACAGAGUGAUCACCCAUCACAACUGGUCUGUUUUUUUACUGUAGAUAUCAUAAAGCUGUUUUUCACAUUUGUUUGGACAUUUUAUCUUGUCCUUGGUUUCUUUUUGUAGUAAAAUGCAUCCAAGCAUUAUAUUGAAACUCACAGAAGUGUCAGUGUCAUCGCAAGCGUUUCCUUUGAUUUAUCUGAGAGACUGUACAAGCAAAAUAAAGACGCUUUAAAAAGUG